AUGUGCCACACCAGCUGCUCCUCUGGGUGCCAGGCGGCCUGCUGCCCAGCCCCGUGCUGUGUCCCCACCGCCUGCUGCUCACCCUCCUGCUGCGGGAGCUCCUGCUGCCGCCCAGUGUCCUGUGUGCCUCUGCUGUGCAGGCCUGCAGCCUGCUGCGUGCCUUUGAGCUGCAAGCCUGCUCUGUGUGUGCCUGUGAGCUGUCAGCCUGCCUUCUGCCUGACCCCUGUGUGUCAGUCCUCCUCUUGCUGCCAGCCCUCCCGCCCCACCCUCAUUUGCAGACCUGUGUCCUGUGGCAGCCCUGCCUGCUGUUAA